GGAGGGAGGAGGAAGAGCAGGAACGGAGAGACCAGGGAGAAGAACAGAGAGAAAGAUACACAGCACAUUAAUAAAUAGCCAGAGAGAUAACGAGAUAAAUAGAGAUUUAACCAGCAGGAGGUGAAUGUGUUUGACACAGAAAUGGAGUCUGAGGACAAUAUGCUCAACGUUUUUCUGCUGCUGCUGAUCGGAUCACUCUUCACUGUGGUGGGCCCUUCUGUCCCUGAGGAGGGCUGGCAGGUGUACAGUUCAGCUCAGGACUCUGAAGGUCGAUGUGUUUGUACGGUGGUUGCGCCUCAGCAGACGGUCUGCUCCAGAGACGCCCGAACCAAACAGCUCAGACAACUUCUGGAGAAGGUUCAAAAUAUGAGUCAGUCCAUUGAGGUUCUGGACCAGCGGACUCAGAGAGAUCUGCAGUUUGUAGAGAAAAUGGAAGUUCAGCUGAAGGGUCUGGAAAACAAAUUCAAACAAGUGGAAGACGGACACGAGACCAACAUCGCCAGACAGUAUAAGUCCAUUAAAGCAAAGAUGGAGGAAUUACGUCCUCUGAUCCCAGUCCUGGAGACAUACAAGGCAGAUGCUCUGCUGGUCCGACAGUUUAAGGAGGAGGCAGCAAAUGUAACAGAGCUGCUGGGAUCACUGCAGGAACAACUGGGAGGUCUAGAUUACCAGGAGCUCCACAGCCGAGUUAUGAGCCUGGAAGACCGGUUGAGGGCCUGCAUGCAGAGGCUGGCUUGUGGUAAGCUGACAGGAAUCUCUGAGCCAAUCACCAUCAAGACAUCUGGAUCAAGGUUUGGAUCGUGGAUGACCGACCCAAUCGCUCCGGCUGGAGACAACAGAGUGUGGUACAUGGAUGGUUACCAUAACAACCGCUUUGUAAGGGAGUAUCAGACGAUGUAUGACUUCAUGAUGACAGAUAACUUCACCUCUCACCGCCUGCCUCACCCCUGGUCCGGUACUGGUCAGGUGGUUUAUAACGGAUCCAUUUACUUCAACAAGUUUCAGAGUCACACCAUCAUCAAGUUUGACUUCAGCACCUCGCUCAUCAGCCGCUCUCGGCAGCUUGACUUCGCCGGCUACAACAACAUGUACCAUUAUUCUUGGGGGGGGCAUUCAGACAUCGACCUCAUGGUGGAUGAGGGGGGGCUCUGGGCUGUCUAUGCCACUAAUCAGAACGCUGGAAACAUCGUUCUCAGCCAGUUAAACCCAAACACUCUGCAGAUCAUCCGCAGCUGGAACACCAACCACCCUAAACGCAGCGCCGGCGAGGCCUUCAUGAUCUGUGGAACACUGUAUGUUACUAAUGGAUACUCUGGAGGAACCAAAGUGUACUACGCCUACUCCACCAACUCCUCCACCUACGAGUAUAUUGACAUUCCUCUGACCAAUAAAUACAGCCACCUCUCCAUGCUUGACUACAACCCCCGUGACAGAGCGCUGUACGCUUGGAACAACGGCCACCAAGUCCUUUAUAAUGUUACACUCUACCACAUCAUACAGUAAGAUUAAAGGUACAAGUCUUUCAAAAUGUUACACUCUACCACAUCAUACAAUAACACUGAAGAAUAAAUACAGUAAGAUUAAAGAAUAUCCUUUAGAUAAAUUCUCAUGCUCUCUGACUUGUACAGAGUCAGAGGAGCAGAUGGUUCAUCUCUGUUCCUUCAGGAUAGAGAGAAGUAUCUUAGCCUAGCUUAGCACAAAGACUUGAAGCAGGGGGAAACUGCUAGCUUUACUCCAUCAAAAGAAAAUCCACCUUCCAAAAACUCCAAGUCUGACUGAUUUGACAUGUUGUAUAUUGUCAGCUAACCAAUCAGCAGCCCAUCCUGUAGGCAGCUGGUUCAUUUAACAGUAGAGUUAGAACACAGUUCAAACCAACAACCCCACUAUGAGUUCAGGACUUUAGAGAUAGUGCAUUCAGUUACUGCACCCAGCGGUUGUUGGUCAACAAAUAGCUCUAACACUAACUGCUGUGAAAACCACAAUGUCUCCUUUUUACAUUUGCAUUUGUACACCUGUUCACUAAACAACAUACAACAUGUAACAACAUGGAAAUCAGCCAGACUCAGAGUUGUUGGAAAGUGGAUUGUUUUCUCUUCUGAUGGAGCUAGGCUAGCAGUUUUUCUUAGAUCUUUGAGCUCUUUCAUUAAAUUAAUAAAAAGUGACAUUUUGACCACCUGUUGUUUCAACCCGUUCUCAUUCCCAGGUCGUCAAAUACCGACAUUUUGUCAUGCCCCUUGGCCCCUUAUUGUCUGUAUGAGACGCACUGAGCUUUCAAUUAACUCCAAUGUCAGCGGCAAUAUUAGACGCUCAGAGGAACUGCUGUGGCCGUCCAUUCACUCCAAUAUUAACCUGACUCCGGCGCUAUAAGACGCUGUGAGCAUCAAUGCUAUUGGAGAACUGAGGACCCGCCGCCUGGAAGUAUUUUCCUCUCUGUUAAUUCCCAAGGUUUUCUUUCAAUGAUAUCCUCAACAUUUCUCAAAACUAAAACACAAAAGUGUCCUUGAUAAUUCCACAGUUCGAUAGGACAAUGUUAUGGCCAUCAGUUUGAAUGAUUUCUCCUUCAGUUCUGAAAAAUAAAGUUUUGGCGCAUUUGACUCCUGUUUUGGGCUGUCUGCCAUCAGUGGGCUUAAUUCCAAUUCAAAUUGCUGCCAGUCGGCCGUAACCUGAAUACAAGCGCCACUAUCUCUGUUGAGAAAAGGUGUUUUAGAGCCUGUGAUUGUAAAAUGUGAAGUUGCUCAAUUAAUUUUAUAUUUCCAAGAAUAUGUGGCUGAGGAUAUUUAAUUAUGAAAUCACCUUUCUUAAUAAGGGGUUAUCAAACUGGACUUUACCUUUCACAUCCCUCAUUUAAUCCCUGCACUUGUCAUGUUCAUAUAUGUAUAAUCUAAAUAGGACUUUAUAUUGUGCAUUGCAUUCAACCUCCACUGUUACUUAAUUUAAUUAUUUAUGCACAUAUCACAUUUAAUUCACAUUUAAUUUUUGCUCCUGUCACCUUCAUAUAUUUCAUACACUAUAUUUAAUUGUCCAUAGCACAGUCCAUAUUUCCUUUGUACAGUCAAUAUUUAAUUUCAAGUUUUAUAUCCCAGUUCAAAACUAUUACUGUUACAUUCUGUAAAUAGAUUUUAAAAUGUCUAUUUAAUUUUAAUAUUACUUUGUUUAUUUAUUUAAUUAUUAUUAUAACCUUACUUUUGUCUAUUAUUAUUAUUAUUAUUAUUAUUGUUGUUCUGUGUUGGGUUUUUUUGGGAGCAAAUGCCAAGACACAUUUUUUGUAUGCUUGCAUAGGCUAAUAAAACAGAUUCUGAUUGAAUGGGCUAUGGGAUGCUGACAUAAAAUCCCAAAACCAAGAAUCAUAAAGAUUAACCCAAGCAUUUCAGGCCUUCCUCCAAGCCUGUAGUAAUGCCCUAAAUUGUCAACAGUAUUGUACAAUAAUCUCUGAAAGUGACUUAUUUUGGUCACAAGUUCCACUAAAAAAGAAAAAACAAACAAACAAAAAGCUUCAUUAUACAUAUUGGAGCUAAACCAGAUACAUUGUUGGAAAGGUCGCGACCUGGAGAGUAAGAUAUUUUAGCCAAAACAGGAGUCGAACACCUCGUGGUUUAUAGCUUCCACAUGACAUCACCAACUGACAACGAAAACAGCCAAUGGGAAGAGAAAAAAAGUUUUUCCCUGGAUCAGGGAGCAUUUCAUGUAAAACCCUACGUGGCACACUAUGUCUGGCUGAUUAUGACUGUUAAUUCAUUGUACAAUAAGUACUUUGUUAAAUAAUUAAAAUUGUUUCCACCAGAUUUCAGGUUUAGUGGUGAGCUAAUUCCUCUUCCAGCGGUGGCUAAGGAUCAUGGGUAAUGUAGCCUAGCCUUCCGCUAUCCAAAACUGACAACAAAAAACUUUAUUUCUCAGAAUCGAAGGAGAGAUAAUCUAAACUGAUGGCCAUAACAUGGACCUAUCGUAUUGUUGAAUUAUCAAGGACACUUUUGUGUUUUUUGUGUUGAGAAAUGUUGAGGAUAUCACUGAAAGAAAACCUUAACAUGAGAAUCAACAGUGAGGAAAAUACUUCCAGGCAGCUUGGUUCUCCAAUGGGACUGAUGCUUACAGCGUCGGAGUCAGAUUAAUAUUGGAGUGAAUGGACGGCCACAGCAGUUCCUCUGAGUGUCUAAUAUUGCUGCAGAUGGUUUUACAUUGGAGUUAAUUGAAAGCUCGGUGUGUCUGUAUGAGAUGCUAAGAGGCGUGACAAAACGUUGGUAUUUACGACCUGGGAAUGAGAACGGGUUGGUUGUUUUUAGGGUACUGACCAAAGUAUUCCACACAAAUGCACUUGUAAAUGUAAAUGAAAAGUAAACAACACACUGAUACAAUCACAAAGAAAUGAAAUUUCACAAUAAGAGACACUGAAAUGUUAUAAUUAUUUGACGGUGGACACUGAAGAAUUUUUAUGAAGAGAUUUUUUUUCUGUGGGUGAUAUUUUCUGACUAUGAAAUCUGAUGUACUGUUCUUACUCUGAAGUAAUAAUAAUAAUAAUAAUAAUAAUGUCUUUUCUUACUUUCAUGUGUUAUACAGCGAUACAAAACAUUUACUACAGUCUCUCUUUUCUAGUAAUUUCCUCAGUUUUUAAAUCAGUUGUCGUAGGUUUAGCAGGGCUACCCCGACAUCUUUCUCUCCAUCUUUCAUGAGAAAACCCCACACUCUUAGCAUUCUGGGAGAUGUAGUCCCUCAGCAGCCUGUCAGGGUGAAAGUAAAAGUUUCUGAAUACUGAAGUCCUGUCAGAUUACUGAGCUGAAGCCACAACAUAAACACUUAGACACUAUAGACUUUGCUGUGUAUGUUUGUGUGUUUGAUGACGAUUUUGUUUGGAGUCCUGAUAGUUAAUCAGCAACUACAUGUGAAACUUUUCAUGGCUUUACCAAACUCUCAACUCUUCUGGUCUGCUGGUAUGUUCAUGCUGACGUAGGAGUCCUUAAUGACAAGCAGCCUCUGAAACCCUCCAUCUUAAGCUCAGGAGCCUCCAUCACCACCAGUGUCUACCAGCAGGUCGGUGUCUGUCCACCAGCAGGUCAUGAUUUUCUGGUCCUUCUUUUGUUUUGUUUUUUUACAAAUUUUUGUAAACACACACUUUACUUGUCUGUAUAAAUUUAAUCUGUUUGAGUGCUGGAGUAAGUGAAGACAGGAAACACUAUUAAAGAGUAUUGUAGUUCAUUCUCAUAGUUAAUUGAAAUUUUCUAUUGUUAUUUCUUUGUGUUUUGUAUUUCAACAGAUCCGUACUCUAUUUGAUGUUGUUGUUUUUUCUGAACUUGCAGAGUUUGGCCUCUAGUUUUACAGUGGAGUAAUUAAGUGUUAUGAACUGAUGGAAUCAGCAUGGGAUGGUACAAAACCAAAAGAAAGAAAACAGCAUUAUUCAACAGACUGCAUGUAAAAUGUUAAAGAAUUACUCAGUUUUGGUAACCACUAGCCUUAACAGCUGAGGUGUUUUAGAUUGCAUCACCCAACCAUGAUGUUGAAGGUUUUUUUGUUUGUUUGUUUUUCAUAAAAGUAAAAUAAAGAGGCUUUACUUGAUAAAUAAA